AUGGGAUGUAUAAAAUCAAAAAGGAAAGAGAAUCUGCAUGGAGAUGGGCUAGAUUUGAAGAAUCAACCAGUACGUAAAACUGAACGAACUAUUUAUGUGAGGGAUCCAACGUCCAAUAAACAGCAAAGGCCAGCGAAUACAGAAGCACAGCUCUUACCAGGACAGAGGUUUGUCACCGAAGAUGCAGAGGAGCAUGGAGUCAUUGUGGUAGCUUUGUAUCCCUAUGACGGCAUUCAUGAAGAUGACUUGUCCUUCAAAAAAGGAGAAAAAUUGAAAGUUAUUGAGGAGCUGGGAGAAUGGUGGAGGGCAAAAUCUCUCACGACAAGAAAGGAAGGCUUCAUUCCCAGCAACUACGUAGCAAAAGUAAACACCUUGGAAACAGAAGAAUGGUUCUUCAAAGACAUAACCCGAAAAGAUGCUGAAAGACAACUCCUGGCUCCUGGAAAUAGUCCUGGAGCUUUCCUUAUCAGGGAAAGUGAAACAUUAAAAGGCAGUUACUCUCUCUCCAUACGAGACUAUGAUCCACAGCAUGGUGACGUUAUUAAGCACUACAAAAUUAGGAGUCUAGACAAUGGAGGGUUUUACAUCUCUCCAAGAAUAACUUUUCCCAACAUCAAUGAUAUGAUCAAGCAUUAUCAAAAGCAAUCAGAUGGCUUAUGCAGAAAGCUGGAAAAAGCUUGUAUUAGUCCCAAGCCUCAAAAACCAUGGGAUAAAGAUGCAUGGGAAAUUCCACGGGAAUCAAUUAAAUUAGUGAAGAAACUUGGAGCUGGUCAGUUUGGAGAAGUCUGGAUGGGUUACUACCAUAACAGUACGAAAGUGGCUGUGAAGACUCUGAAGCCUGGAACGAUGUCUGUGCAAGCCUUCCUGGAGGAAGCCAACCUCAUGAAAACUCUGCAGCAUGAUAAGCUUGUUAGGCUUUAUGCUGUAGUGACCAAAGAAGAACCUAUUUAUAUUAUAACAGAAUUCAUGGCUAAAGGAAGUUUGCUGGACUUUCUGAAGAGCGAUGAAGGAAGUAAACUGUUGCUUCCAAAGCUAAUUGACUUCUCUGCUCAGAUUGCAGAGGGGAUGGCAUACAUAGAAAGAAAAAAUUAUAUCCAUCGGGAUUUGAGAGCAGCGAAUGUGCUGGUGUCGGACUUACUGAUGUGCAAAAUUGCUGAUUUUGGACUAGCAAGAGUCAUCGAAGACAAUGAAUAUACAGCAAGGGAAGGUGCAAAAUUCCCUAUUAAAUGGACAGCACCAGAGGCAAUUAACUAUGGAUCUUUCACUAUUAAAUCUGAUGUGUGGUCAUUUGGGAUUCUCCUGUAUGAAAUCGUUACGUAUGGAAAGAUUCCUUAUCCAGGUAUGAGCAAUUCAGAUGUGAUGGUUGCUCUUCAGCGCGGGUACCGAAUGCCACGCAUGGAAACCUGUCCAGCUGAGCUUUAUGAUAUCAUGAAAACAUGCUGGAAAGACAAAGCAGAAGAGAGGCCAACAUUUGAUUAUCUACAGAGUGUGCUUGAUGACUUCUACACAGCAACAGAAGGGCAGUAUCAGCAACAGCCAUAGAACAAAGAACACUUUUUCUAUUGACAUGGAUCAUUGGCACAGACUAUUAUUUGGACAGACUGCUCAAACCAAUUACUUCAUGCGUUUGGAUGUCUUAACUGAGUGUGGAAGCUGAAAUGCUGAAGGAAAGAAUAAUUCUGCACAGAAAUAAUAAUGGUUUUAUUUGGUUAAAACAGUUCCUCUAAAGCUUGAAGUUCUCUUUAAAUGCUCUGUGUUUCGCAUCUGCAGAAACAUCCCAAAGCAAGCAGGCUUUUUGGGGUGGGGAGGGAAAAGGAAGGAAAGAGAUCGUGCACUGGUACAGGCUGACAACGCCUGCUUAGGAGCUAAGUCAUGCAAUACAUUACAAGGAGACCUUUAUAAAACGGGUGAGAAGAUGCACAAACAGCUGUUUCCAAAAGAAAAAGUCAUGAAGGAGAACAUACAGAUUUAAGAUAUGGUGAUGUUCAUAAAUAAUCUUUUUUGAAAUACAGCAUAUUGUGAAAAUUAUUUUUAUAUCCUUGUUAUUUCACAUUAGUAUCUGGAGUACUGUCACCACUUGUAAGACUUUCUAAACAGUGUCAUGGUUUCCUUUAAGGAAAGAUUAUGUAUGUAACUCUUUACACUGAAGAUUAUUCUGUUUUACUGCUGUAUCACUCAUACUAAAUUUAAAAUCAUUUUUCAAAGCAUCGCACAGCCAUCAGAGAUGCAGACAUGUAAUAUGAACAUGCAUGACAGCAGAAGCAGCAGCCCACCUAGCUCUGUGUUCAACCUUCAGGUUCCCACAAGGCCAAAGCCACCAUCUGAAGUCCAAGGGAAAGCACAGGAUUUUGAAGGAAGUUAAUACAUUCAUUGCAGUCACUGAGACUGUUACCAGUGA